CGUGCGCCUCGCGACCGCUGCGCGCGAGCCCGGUGUCCUCGCGGCGGCCAGCAGCGGCGGCGUCGGUGGAACGCGGCGGGGGCGGAGGGAGCCCGCGGCUGCGGCUGCCACAGCGAAAUGGCGGAGACGGUGGCGGACACCCGGCGGCUGAUCACUAAGCCGCAGAACCUGAAUGACGCCUACGGGCCGCCCAGCAACUUCCUUGAGAUCGAUGUGAGCAACCCGCAGACGGUGGGGGUCGGCCGAGGCCGCUUCACCACCUAUGAAAUCAGGGUCAAGACAAAUCUGCCUAUUUUCAAGCUGAAGGAAUCUACUGUUAGAAGAAGAUACAGUGACUUUGAAUGGCUGCGAAGUGAAUUAGAAAGAGAGAGCAAGGUUGUAGUUCCCCCACUCCCUGGGAAAGCGUUUUUGCGUCAGCUUCCUUUUAGAGGAGAUGAUGGAAUAUUUGAUGACAAUUUCAUUGAAGAAAGGAAGCAAGGGCUGGAGCAGUUUAUAAACAAGGUCGCUGGUCAUCCUCUGGCACAGAAUGAACGUUGUCUUCACAUGUUUUUACAGGAUGAAAUAAUAGAUAAAAGCUAUACUCCAUCUAAAAUAAGACAUGCCUGAAAUUUGGUGAGAAAGGGCAAAAAAACUUUCCGUGACUAUUAUGAUUGUCUGCACCGGUGAAGAAGUUCUAACUCACUUAGCAUGCUGCGCAGAACUGGUAUAACAUGCCUUCGGUGUACUAACACUUGUGUGCUCUGUUUUGUCUUGUUUUGCUUUGGCAGUUGACAAGAAGUUAAUUUGCUUUAGUGAAGUCUCUCAUUCCAGCCUUUCUAUAUAAUAGCUCUUCCUUGCUGUUUCAUGUGCUGCACACGAUAGCCUCACAAUCUGUUAUCCCAGCAUACUCCGCAGUGUCCUGACUAAAGUUACUGACCUGGUCUUAGCUGCAGUUUUUGUGUCAUGUUUGCUUCUUGAAUAUGAUUAACUAGAAUAUUUCUCUUACCCUUUUUAAUAUGUAACGUCACUUGACCUAACUUAUGUGCAGGAGCACUGCACCAUUCCUUGCCAGCACCCUGCACGUAAGAUACACACUUGUAUGCAGAAAGUAUUCCUUCAGGCUUGUGAUACCCUUCACAUGGAAGAUCAGUGAGGGAAAUCUUUAUAUUCUGUAUAAAAACAAAGUCAAAUUUAUAUACUAAGAUCAUUUGUCUAAAAAUUUAAAGUUGUUUUCAAAUAAAAAUGCAUUUCUGAUAUGCA